GUAUUCACAGUAAAUAAAUGGAAACACUAGAAACAUACAAAGUUUUUAAAUUCGUGUUUAUAUUUCUGCCAGUUAUUUUAUUCAUACAUUGGUUAUGGACGCGAAGGAAUCUUUAUAAGUCAAUUUUAAAUAUUCCAGUAUUAGUCGGUUUUCCAAUAAUUGGCUCGCUACACAAAAUGCGGCAUUUAAAUUGUGCGUUAAAACCAAUUAAUUAAUUUCUAUAUGUUACGCGGUUUUGGAAAUAUUUUUAAAGAUUGUAAGCAAUAUACAGUGCUAUUGUGGAUGGGAUUCUAUCCGAUCAUACUGACAGCAGAUCCAGAUAUCAUAUCAAACGUUCUACGAUCUCAAGACUUAAUUAACAAAGCAGAGGUUUUCUAUUAUUCCAUGCGGAAUGCAUUUAAAGGUGGACUUAUUUCAAGUAAAGCAACUGAAUGGGUCCAUAACCGUAAGAUGAUAAAUCCAUCAUUUUCAAAUAAAGUAUUGGUUAGUCUUUUUCCAAUAUUUAAUAAAUCUAAAAAUAAUCUAAUAGGUAAAUUUAGCGCGCUAGUGGAUAACAAAAAUCACAAAAUAUUAAAUAUGUUACAGACCUUGACUCUAGAAAUAGCUAUAGAAACGACGAUGGGUAAGGUGAUGCAUAAAGGUGACGGGAUGUCGAAUAAUUGGGCAGUUAAAGUUUCUUUUGUGAUGAAACUUACAAUGAUACAAACGUUGCUUUCAUUUGUAAAACUUGAUUCAAUAAUAAAUUACUAUAUAAAAUUCAGAAGAACGAAAGAGGAAUUAUACCAGUUCGUUUAUGAGUUAAUUCGAAAUAAGAUUAGUACCAAUACCAACAACAAUUCAAACAACAAUAAUAUAAAUACUGAAGAAAUUAAUCCUAACAAUAUGGAUAUACUGAAAUACCCAAUUCCUUCAAUACGGAAAGAACCAAAAAUAUUUAUUGAUCAAGCGAUAAAAUUAUAUGAAAAUGAACAAUUUACGUGGAAUGAUAUAAUAAGUGAAUCAAAUAAUAUAGUGGCAGCAGCGUUUGAAACUACGGCAAAUGCAAUUUUCUCUACUCUUGUUAUGUUGGCCAUGCAUCCAGAUGUGCAACAACGCCUGUUUGAAGAAAUUUUGGAUGUAUUUCCAGAGAAAGAUUUUUAUGUUGAUUGCCAUCAAUUAACUCAGUUGCCAUACUUAAAUCGUGUUAUUAAUGAAACUCUUCGAAUAGCCCCUUCUGUUCCCAUAAUAGGACGUCAAGUUGUUGAAGAUACACAAAUUGGCGAACAUGUUUUUCCCAAAGAUGUUCAAAUAUUAAUUUCAAUAUAUCAUCUUCAUCGACGGACUGAUAUUUGGGGUCCAAAUGCGGAUAAAUUUGAUCCAGAACAUUUUUCAGUUGAACAUUUUGGAGAAAUGCAAAGAAAUGCUUAUAUUCCGUUCUCUAAAGGUGUUCGAGGCUGUAUUGGAUCACGAUAUGCCAUUUUUUCAAUGAAAAUUUUAUUAUGUGGACUUGUACGAAACUAUGAAUUUGAAACUGAUUUUAAAUUUGAGGACAUCAGAUAUACCAGUAAUAUAGCACUAAAGUAUAUAGUUGAACCUGAAUUAAAAAUGUAUAGACGUGCUUAAGUCCUUAAAUUAAUUUGGUUAUAAAUAAUGAACUAUUUGUAAAUUUAUGUUAAAUGAAUUAACCUCUUACGAUACUGAGAGUAG